GCGCAUCUAACUUCUUGGUUGAGACGGUUAAAGCGGUGAGUAGGGACUACGUGUAUGAAGCUAAAGCCGAUAUGAUAUUAUACACACUCCACGUGUUGCAACCUGGCAGCUUUCAACUUUUCCAGCCAGUAGAACGGAAGAGAGCUUCGCCGGGAACAACAAUGGGAGGUGGUGGUUUAGCUUACGCCGCUGCUGUCUGUGUGCUAACUUGCGCCAUUCAAGCCGUUCAUGCAAGACCCGUAGAUCCUGUAAUAGUUCAAGUCACAGAGAAUCCGAACAACCACCUUCUCGGAACUCCGACGGAACACAAGUUCACGGCGUUUAUACAAGAACACGGGAAGAAGUACUCUACGAGAGAGGAAUACCUUCACCGCCUCGGUGUAUUUUCCAAUAAUCUUCUUAGAGCUGCCGAACAUCAAUUGCUGGAUCCGACGGCGGUUCAUGGCGUUACGCUGUUCUCUGAUCUGUCAGCGGAGGAGUUUGAGAGCAUGUACUUAGGCAUGAAAGGCGGUGGACUUGACCGGAAGAACAACGGCCUAGCAACAGCACCGCCAUUGGAAGUUGAAGGAUUGCCGGAGGAUUUCGAUUGGAGAGAGAAAGGCGCCGUCACAGAGGUUAAGAUGCAGGGUACUUGUGGAUCGUGUUGGGCAUUCAGUACCACAGGGGUGAUCGAAGGAGCAAAUUUUAUAGCAACCGGAAAUCUUCGUAACUUAAGCGAGCAACAGCUCGUUGAUUGCGAUCAUACGUGUGAUUCUUCGGAGAAGGAUGCUUGUGAUAGUGGAUGCUCCGGUGGACUUAUGACAAACGCUUACAACUAUCUUAUCGAAGCCGGAGGUAUUGAAGCAGAAGAGUCGUAUCCGUACACCGGAAAGUCUGGGGAAUGCAAGUUUGACCCUGAGAAAGUAGCCGUGAAGGUCGCAAACUUCACCAACAUACCCAACGACGAAGAUCAAAUGGCUGCCCAUUUGGUUAAACAUGGCCCACUUGCAGUUGGAUUGGAUGCGGUGUUCAUGCAAACGUACAUUGGGGGAGUAUCGUGUCCAUUGAUAUGUCCGAAGAAGAUGUUGAACCAUGGUGUGUUGGUUGUGGGGUAUGGUGCGAAGGGUUUUUCAAUACUGAGGUUGGGUAACACGCCUUAUUGGAUCAUCAAGAACUCAUGGGGAAAAAGUUGGGGAGAAAAUGGAUACUAUCGGCUUUGUAGAGGGAAAGGUAUGUGUGGUAUGAAUACGAUGGUGUCUGGUGUUGUUACCCUCAAGUCGUAGAAACUUGUAGGUCUCUGAAGGUGGUAGUUUGUGAACACAAGAAGUUGCUUGAUAUAUUAUAUAGGGCUGGUUGUUAGCGGUAUACAUUUGUUUUAUGAUGGUUUUAGUAUCUGUUUUAGUUGCAAUGGGGGGUCUUAAACCUUUUGGAAUAUCAGUUCAAAAGUGCU